GUGAAGGCGUCAGAUCACAUGAGUUACUAAUUCCAGGUUUAACCUUGAGCCGACGUUUUGAUACUUAAUCGGCAUGGGAACCGCCGGCCAAGGAAACGCAAUUAUUGUCGUCUGGCAUUCCUCUUUAUCGACCCACUAUAUAAGACUCUAGAGUCACAGAGAUUUUUUUCAUUUAAAAAGAUGACUUUUUAGGCAUUAGAGCAGUGUCUAGCGGGUUACAAGUCACAUCUUACACAAGACGAUUUGGAAAUAGAUUUUUAAAUUUGCCUAAUCUUAACAAACGAUUUUUAAAGUCUAUCUAACCUUAACCAACAGAUUUUAAGACCUACCUAACCCAAACUAAUCUAAUCUAACCAGACUCCUGGCUCAAUCUUGACAAUGAGCAGAUGUCCUGCCUCAUAUGAGGGAGGUCAGGUGAGAUACCUGCCUCACCUAUGAAUUUAUACUUUGGGACUCAAUAGUAUCUUCAGGUAUUCCUAUUCAACGGUCCAGAUUGUCACAAUAUCUGGUGCACUUAGCUCCUGGGGGUCACAGGGAAGUUGAUAGGGUUUCCAUUUUCUGGCUUUGGUUCUUCAGGCGGAGCGACAGUGUCUGGCACCAGCUUGGCUGAGAGGUGCCAGUUGGUAGGUCUUGGUGGGCUCUUGGUGUGCCCUCUGGGCAUAGUGGGCAGCUGGUUCUUGCAUUGCUAGUGGGCACUAGAAGAGGUUUUUGUGUUAUGGCCCAUUUGGGUACAAGAUUAGGAAAGAGCUAUGUUUAUGCAUUGACUUUGUUUGGCUACCCAAUGUUCUCUGUGGUGGAGGUGGGUUUGGGGGUUGCUGGUUCUUGCCCUCCUGAGGGACUCCUUUGAGCUCUACAAACAUCUGCUUAUCGCUGGUUAUUUUCUGUAAGGCACAUUCUAUUCUACUGACAGGUGACAUUAAUAAACUGAAUGUUGUAUUAUAAUAUCUCGGCAUUUAUAGAUUUCUCAAGUAGGCAGUGGCAUGUCCUUGUAACCCCUAUGAGUGAAAAACAUCUCCUGUUUUGUGUCCUGUAUUGUAGCUAAUGUACAUUUUGACUGUAGCAAUUAUAAUGGAAUUAAAUUUCCAUUUUACUGAAAAUUUAUGACACAAAUGUGGAGUAAGCUGCUAAUUGGACGAAGCAACAGCAGUCAUUUGAUUUCCGGACAUUGAGGUGAAGGAGGAUGGAAGGCUAUCCCUCCUCUUCCACCCUCACAAGAAACUUUGAAAUACGAGUUGUGCAUGUGGGGAUGAGCUAUGCCCCUGGGGGUACUCCACUGGUGCUCUUCUCAAACAUAAUUCAAGAUGAAGCACAAAUAACAAAUAGGUACAGAAGUACUGGAGGUUGUUAUAACAGCACUUCAUAUAUAACAUGAAAAUCACAUUGCACAGAGGUUGGGAUUUGCUUCCUUUAAAAAAAAAUCCAAAUUAAUGCAAGCAAUGUUUCUUCUUAGAAGAUAUACUGUACCAAUAAACGGUUCUAAAACACUCGAUGAGCUAAUUCAUGCAAACUAAAAUAUAUUAAUACAACCUACUGAAGAACCAUAUUUAAGAGCAGUAGUAAUGAAAUUAAGUGUUUGGUAUUGCUGUAAUUUUCCACUUAAUUAAUGUAUUUUUAUUGAUUUUAUAUUAUGUAGAAGGAAUUUCCCUUCACAUGGGUAUUUUGAAAACAAGACAAUUGUCCCACAUCUCAAUAUUUUUACAUAUCCCUGCCCCAUAAAGAGCACUCAUAGUAUGGUGUUAAAUCAAAUUGUCAUAGUGUGCUGAAAGUUAUAUUACCCUAUAUCAUCUAGCUCACCCUAACAUCAAAAGUAGUGUAUAUACACCGUCAACACAUUGUGUCAAAAUGUACAAUAGAACUGCUGCUUUAAAGACAAAAUUUUCUUUCGUAAAGCACCAUCAAAUGUUUACAUACAUUUGCUAAUGCUCAGUUCUGUAGCGCAGUGGUCUAGGUCACUGGCUCACAACCAGCAGUCCCUGGUGUAAUUCUUGCAGAGAACAGAAACAUUUCAACGUGCUUCCUUCAUCCGAUGCCUCGGUUCACCUAGCAGAAAAUAGGUACCUGGGAGUUUGCCAGCUGUUGUGGGCUGCAUCCUGGAGGAAGUCAGUAGGGGGAUCUCACUAAGCCUAUGUACAGGCUUCUUGUCCUGGACAACUGUAAAACAUUUAACAGCAGUUAAGCAUUAAUGGAAGUAAAUACAAUUAUGUAAAUAUAAAGUUAGCUUUAUAUUGAUAUAUUUGUUAGUUUAUACUGUAUCGAGCAAAAAAAAAUCAUCAAACAAAUACAUGUAUAUCAUCCAUGUCUGAAUUGCUGCAUUUGUAGUCCAUUCUUUUGAUAAUUACAUUAUUUACAUAAGUGAUAUCACAAAAUGGAAGUUUAUGCAGAAGAGCAAUCUCUUCAGCAUUUAGAGGACUGUGAAGAAUAUGUGACACAAUCUGACAAAGUAAAUAAUGUAAGAAAAUUACAGUGCCCACAUUGUUUACAAGAUUUUACAAAUAAAGCUGCUAUAAUAUCACAUAUGAAAACUCAUACAGAUAAGGGUAAGAUUCAGUGUUUGGAGUGUCAUAAAAGCUUUAAAUAUAGAAGUGGUCUUGAGGAGCACAUUAGAAUUCAUAAACAUAAGAAACCAUUUCAGUGUUCAGUUUGUCAAAAAGCCUUUACACAGAAAGGCACCCUAACUAUACAUAUGAGAAGUCAUACUGGAGAGAGACCAUAUGAAUGUCCUGUGUGUUUCCAAACUUUUUCUCGAGCAGCAUACUUAGGAAUUCACUCGAGAGUUCAUACUGGUGAAAAACCAUUUCACUGUACAGAAUGUCCUAAAUGCUUUUCACAUAAGAUUUCUCUGAAAACACACAUGAGAAUUCAUACAGGAGAGACGCCAUUUCAUUGUACAGUGUGUCUUAAAAGCUUUAAAUGCAGAACUGAUAAAGAUAGACACAUGAGUACUCAUACUGGAGAGAGACCAUUUCAUUGUGCAAGGUGUCUUAAAACUUUUACUCGAAAAUCUUUCCUUAAAUCACACAUGUUAGUCCAUUCUCAAGAAAGACCAUAUAAGUGUUCAGAUUGUGUUAAAAGUUUCAAACGGAAACGUGAAUUAGACAGCCAUAAGAAAACUCAUACUAAAGUGAAACCAUUUCAAUGUCCAGAAUGUCUUCAGUACUUUAUUAGGCGAUUGCAUUUUAAUAAACAUUUGAGAGGUCAUAUUGGGAAAAAAAGGUUUCAAUGUUCAGAGUGUCUUAAAAGCUUUUCAACCAAAUUUGAAAUAAUAAAACAUUUGAAAGUUCAUUCCGGAGAAAGGCCAUAUCCUUGUUUACUGUGUUCACAAACAUUUACAUGCAAAUAUAGUCUUGACAAGCAUAUAAAACUUCAUUCUGGAGAAAGAGAAUUUCAAUGCUCUAAAUGCCAUAAAGGUUUUAUAUAUCAGUAUCAUUUAGUUAAUCACAUGAUAAAUUCACACUAGAGCAAAACACUUUCAAUAUUGCAAUAAUCUUUUAUAAAGGUCAUAUAAUAACAUAAAAAUAUUACAUAAAAAACACUCUACAUUGAUUCUUGGUGGAAUGGAUAUCUGUAUACCGGAAAGUUAGAUGCAACGAAAGAAGUGUUUCGGUACAGUGAUGCAGAUGUAACAGAAUAUAACAGUAGUGUUCCAGUGUAGCAAGCCUGUGCAUUAUCUGGACCAUUAUUGUGUGCCAAAGAACGUAAAAGAACAGUAACAAGCUAUUUAAGAAUGCACUUUUUUCGAGCGACUGUGGUAUUAUUAUGCAUUUUAAAGGUGUGUUCUAUUGUUUACACUUAAUAAAAAUGUAAUGAUGUUUGGUAUUAAGUUGCAAAUUUUGGAUGCAACAGCAUUUUAGAUAUAGAAAUACUGGAUGGGUACAAAUCUGUUUGAGUUGAAAUAUGCUGUAUUUCAGCAUCCAGCAUAAAGCAUUUUAAACAGAACUAUUUAUCAUGUUAAACUUUAACAUUAGACAAAGUAAUAUGAGCACAUGUAUUUUCUGGUAUCUGGUAAGUUAGCUAAAAUAGCACUACAUAAGCUGUCAUGAAAUUGAUCUUUUUAAUGCUGUGUGACAUAACUACAGUACUUUCUUUGUAAAUGAGACAUAAAGUAAACUUGUUCAAUUACUGUACUUAAGAUGUUCUGUACAAUACUCAGAGUGUACAUCUCAAGAUUACAAUAAUUGAAAGUUGAAAAUGUUUUAUUACUGACUUCCCAAACUGCUUCAGUUUCAAUUUAACAUGAGAAGGUCCUUUAGCAUCUUGCAGUGCUACAGUUAUUAAAUCAUAUGAGUUUAAUAAGGUUCAUAAAAUACUACAUUUUUUAGUAAAAACCAAAUUAACCCUUUGAGCAACCAUGGACUAAAAAUUAACUGUAGAAGAUUUUUCAAGAACAAAUAAAUAUGUAUAAGUCUAGUUUAAAGAAUUAUUUGGAUUUGUGAAAAGACCAACUGUUUCAACUUUGUUUUAUAAUGUGAAUACCAUUUGCAGGCGAUGAGUCACAAUAACGUGGCUAAAGUAAGUUGACCAAACCACACACUAGAAGGUGAAGGGACGACGACGUUUCGGUCCGUCCUGGACCAUUCUCUAGUCGAUGGAAUUCAUUCUCAAGUGAAUACCAUUGUCUUGUACAUUCUCGACUGGAAAACCUAUAUUCACAUUGUUAUGAAACAAUAUUAAUGGAAGUUUAGUGAUUAAAAAUUGCAUUUUUUAAACUAUAGUAGUUAGUCUUUAUCUAGAUAAAGGUAAUGUCAGUAAAUUCUUGAGUUACAAGAAUCUAAACCUUGUGCUGUACUGUGUCUUCAUAAAAUUGUUAAUGUGUUGAUUUUGAACACCUUGCCUCAGUUCAGAUCUCACUUUACUCUCAAAAAAAAAAUAUAUAAUUGUUUCUUGAUACCAUUGUGAAUAUGUUUUAUUUCUAUAAACCCUUAAGUGUGAAGGUUUAUAGGAGGCAUAAAAGCCAACUUUUUUGCUCAACUGCCUGAGUUUGUCAUUUGAGUUUGUUACCAAUUGAUGGCAGCAUUUGUUAGGCCUGUUUUGAAAGUCAGAAGACCUGUUCAAACAUUACAUUACAUGGAAUUUUUUUUUGUCUAUGCACCUUGAUGUCAUUCAUAGCAUUUUCAGCCCAUUUUUCUUAUGGUGACCAGUACUAGCCUAAGCAGCAAAAGGAUAAAUGUGAUAGAUAACAUUGUAAAGUGCGCAAUAG